GUAGUCACAGACCCCCCAGAGGUGAUAUGCAUGUCUUUUUGAGCAUCCUCCUCAGCAACUAGUCUUUACAGUACAGCCAUCAGUGCUGUGCUCUGAGUGAUCUUAAGUCAGGGUUCAUUUAGAUCAAAGUUCUCCAUCUGGCUUUCCGUGCCUUGAUAGAUAGGACAGCCCAGAGAAGUUGUUUAACUUGAUCCCGAAGACGGAGGCGGUCUGAAGUUACUGAUCCAGUCAACCCCAAUCAUCAUCCUUGUCCUCAUCUCACUCCUGGCACUAACAAACACUGGCAGUUACUCCUUUUGGUUUUUACUGAUACGGAGACAGGAGAUUAGUUUGAAUCUUCUCAGAGAUUACCCUGCUUGGAAUGUCCUAAAGCCUUCAUGAAGAUUAUUUCCAGCUUCUGAAUCUGGGGGCAGCACUGAAACCAACACUCACCUGUUAAGCAGACUAACGAGAUGAGAGAUGAGAUCCUCACUUACUGUUGUGACUUUGUGCCCCCUCAGAUGGAUCCUUGUACUGAUCAUCUUUGUGCAGCAGCUCCAUGCAGGGGGGGUUGUGGGUCCAUGUCAAGGUAGAGACUGCUCUGUAUGUCAGUGCCAUCCUGCCAAAGGUGCACGGGGAGCUCCAGGGAAGCCAGGGGACCAAGGCCCCCAGGGAACAAUGGGACCAUGGGGACGUGAAGGGCCACCUGGAGAGAAAGGCAGGAGGGGAGCAGAGGGAUCACAUGGCCCAGAGGGUCCCAAAGGAGACCGUGGCAAGACUGGUGUUCCUGGUUUUCCUGGUAAUAAUGGCUUAUUAGGUCACCCUGGAGCAGGUGGCGAACCUGGUUUGCCAGGAGUGGAUGGCUGUAAUGGAACAAGGGGUCGACCAGGAGUCCCUGGUAUUCCUGGUUCAGAUGGUCCCUUUGGGCAGCCGGGAUUACCUGGACCUAAAGGAAUUAAAGGAGAACCUUUGUAUGGCGCUACCCUUCCAGGACUUCCUGGGGAGCGUGGGAGAGAUGGAGACUUUGGCUUACCUGGAAGACGAGGAGACCCUGGGCCUAAAGGCCACAUUGGCCUUACUGGUUUUCCUGGACCUGAGGGCCUAGAAGGUCCUAAAGGUGUCAGAGGACUACCAGGCAGCCCUGGAGGAUCACUGGCAGGCGAUAAAGGUGACAAUGGUGAGCAAGGCCCACCUGGCCCCCAAGGAACAGAAGAAGUCAUAGCAUUUCUUACAGACUUUCUUCCACCUAAAGGUUACAAGGGAGACAGAGGUCUUCCUGGAACAUGUGGACCAAAGGGCAAAAUGAGUGACUUAGGAGACUAUAACAGAGAAGAAAUGAAAGGAGAGCAAGGAAUCCUUGGAAUUCCUGGACUUCGGGGUCCUCCAGGAUUUCCUGGUAAAGAUGGACCAACAGGACGUGAGGGUUUCCAUGGAGAGAAAGGACUUCCAGGUCUCAUUGGAAGAACUGGAUCAAAGGGUUAUCCAGGAGAUCCCGGUUUCCCCGGACCCCUGUACUUUCAUAAUGGAAGUCAUGCCAGAGGUGCUAAAGGUGAGCGUGGGUAUCCAGGAACGUCUGGACUCCAAGGUGACCCUGGGUACAUGGGCAUGCAUGGACCUCCUGGCCCGUCAGGGUUAACAAUACCAGUGCCAGGCCUGCAAGGUCGACAAGGGCCCCCUGGUCCAAAGGGCUACAAGGGAGAGCCAGGGAGUUAUAACAAAUUUGAAAUCCCAGGACCAAAGGGAACUAAAGGACUCCCCGGAGCUAAAGGUGUCAGAGGCCUUCCUGGUCGUCCAGGAUGUGGAGAUUACUACUGUGAGCCUGGUUACCCAGGUGACCCUGGUGACCCAGGAUCUAGAGGAUCUGCUGGAAACAAAGGGCUCAAAGGAAUUAAAGGUUGUCAAGGCGAAUGUAAAUGUAUAUCUGGUGGGGGAAGCGUAGGGCUCCCUGGCACACCUGGUUAUCCGGGACAUCCAGGGUUACCUGGAACUCAAGGACUCAAGGGGGAACCAGGACCGAGAGGAGAUGAGGGCCCAGAAGGACCAAAAGGCUUUCAAGGAAUUCCUGGUUUAAAAGGACAGAAGGGUCAGAAAGGUGACUCUUUUGCGGUAGGUGGUAAAGGUGCCAAGGGUGACCAAGGAGUGCCUGGUCAAUCUGGCCCUCCUGGAGCAACAGGUAGGCCAGGACAGGAUGGCCCCCCUGGCCCUUCAGGAGACCCAGGACCACCAGGCGCUGGAUAUGUAGGAUUACCUGGUCCCAAAGGUGACCCUGGUGUUGCUGGACCCAAAGGCUUUCCAGGGAUUGUAGGCCCUACAGGUCCUGGUUUUCCAGGCUCUACAGGGCCACCUGGACCUAAAGGAAAUCAGGGACAUUCUGGCCCCCCAGGAAUUCCUGGACGACCAGGGCCUCCAGGUGAAAUUGAGAAAUGCUGUCAUGAAGAUGAGGUUGGAUCACCUGGUCCUAAGGGUCAGCCAGGUUCCCCAGGGAUUCCAGGUGAUCCAGGAAGAGAUGGUUUCCCUGGAAUUCUGGGACAACCAGGCCCUAAAGGCAUGAAAGGAGAUGACGGCGAUACUUUAGGGAUUGGACUGCAAGGACCUCCAGGUUUCAAUGGGGAUCCAGGUGACCCUGGUCCCUGUGGGAUUAGCCUCGAUGGCCCUCCAGGCCCUCCUGGGUUACUAGGACUCCCAGGCAGGAAGGGUGCCCCAGGAGAUGUCCUCUCUUCCAGUCCAGGUGCUACUGGCCCACCUGGCCACCCUGGGGCUAUGGGGACAAAAGGACCUCGUGGCUUUCCUGGAAACCCAGGGUCUCCAGGCAUAAAAGGCCAGCCUGGACGACCAGGCCGUAAAGGAGAGCCAGGAGUCUAUGGUGACCCUGGUGCUACUGGUCUCCCAGGCCUACCUUGUACUGUGUGUGACCUGAAUGGAUCUUCAGGACCUCCAGGUCCUCCAGGAAACCCUGGACAGAUGGGCGUACCAGGCUACCUUGGUGAGAAGGGCUUGAAGGGAGAUAUAGGUCCACCUGGUCACGGACAGAAGGGUACUCAAGGUUCCCCUGGCCUUCCUGGUGUCCCAGGCCCACUUGGACCAAGAGGCACCGCUGGCCUGCCAGGGGAUCCUGGGUUUGAUGGCAAGCUAGGACUGAAAGGUGAAAUGGGCUACCCUGGCAGGGCUGGGGCAAAAGGUUUACUAGGUCGUCCUGGACCUCCAGGACCCAGAGGUAAACAGGGAGAGAGAGGCUUUAAUGGUCGACCAGGUGACACAGGAGACCCAGGACUGCCUGGUAAUAAGGGUUUACGUGGUCUCCCAGGGUUACCAGGCCCUAGCUUUGUGAAUGUGACAAAAGGCCCAGAGGGACUUCUAGGAAGGAGGGGACAACCAGGCCAACAAGGACUUGCAGGCUCAAAGGGUGUAAGGGGAAUACCAGGUGACUCAGGGCCUGAUGGAUGGCCUGGUCCGCCAGGGUAUAAGGGCAGCAUUGGUGCUCCAGGCAGGCCAGGAAUACCUGGGAUUCCUGGGAACCCUGGAAUCAAUGGUUUCCUUGGUCCGAGGGGUUAUCAUGGGCCUACUGGAGAUCUGGGAGAUCCAGGGCCUACAGGACAUAAUGGUAUACCAGGGCUACCAGGAUUUCCCGGUGCCAAAGGUGAGCCAGGCAAGUCUUAUGGACAACCUGGUCCACCUGGACCCAAAGGAUUGCCAGGGGAGGAUGGACCCAGUGCACACAGAGGGAGUCCAGGAGAUCCAGGUGACCGAGGACCCAGGGGAAGGCCAGGAAAGCCUGGACAACCAGGCAUUCCGGGGGAACCAGGAACACAGGGAGGAACAGGCUUACCUGGGCCCCGUGGCCCAUCAGGCCGUCCAGGUCUUCCAGGUAUUCCAGGUGAUCGUGGAGUUCUGGGACCACCGGGUCCACCUGGUACUGGUCCUCCAGGGCCCCCUGGACCACCAGGUCUGCCUGGACUGAAUGGGCUUAGAGGUCCAAAAGGGAUGAAGGGAGCAAGUGGCAAAGAUAUCCCUGGCCCUCCGGGACCAGACGGUUGUCCGGGAGUCAAAGGUCUGAAGGGCCGCCAAGGGGCUCCAGGAGCCACUUUUCCUGGGCCUAAAGGCCUGAACGGCCCACCUGGUGACACAGGUCUUCCAGGCUUGCCAGGCAAACCUGGUUACCCUGGCAAAGAAUGCUACACACCUUCACCGGGACCUGACGGAGAUAUAGGAUAUGAAGGACCUUCAGGACCCCCAGGUCCUCCUGGGGAACAGGGCCCUCCGGGCAAUGAAAUAUUGUUCAAAGGAGACCCAGGACCAGAUGGCCUCCAUGGAUUACCAGGCUGUAAGGGAGAUAGGGGCUUCCCAGGACCUCCUGGAUCUCAGAACUAUGCAGGCUUUGUCGGUACAAAAGGUGAGAGAGGUCCCACUGGUCUGAGUGGUGCUCUAGGACCCAAAGGUCAGCAAGGUCUCCCUGGGCCCCAGGGCCGCAAGGGAGAAACUGGCCCAGUUGGAGAUAUGGGUGUCAAAGGUGCUCCUGGUGAUUCCAUCAGUGGAUGUUCAUUGUCGGCUCCCCCUGGACUUCCAGGACCUCGUGGUUACCCAGGAUCUAAGGGAUUCCCUGGUGAUGUGGGUCCUCCUGGGAAUUCAGGACGUAAAGGAGAGAAAGGUUCUAAAGGGUCUGUGGGCCUCCCUGGUCUACCAGGUCCUGCUGGUCCUAAUGGUCUUGUUGGAGACCCAGGAGAAGGUGGUCAGCGAGGAUUUAUUGGACCUCAAGGCAUCCCAGGUUCACCUGGUGAUCCAGGUGAGCCAGGCCAUAGGGGGGCAUCGAGAUCAGGCUUCCUUUUGGUUAUCCACAGCCAAUCAGUGCAGGUGCCAUUUUGCCCUGAAGGCAGCAGUCAGCUUUGGCUGGGCUACAGUCUGGUGUACCUUGAGGGACAAGAGAGGGCUCACACACAAGACCUGGGCCAGGCUGGCUCCUGCCUCCCUGUUUUCUCCACAAUGCCUUUCUCCUACUGCAACAAAGCUGCUUGUCAUUACUCCAGUCGCAAUGACAAAUCCUAUUGGCUCUCCACCACUGCUCCCAUACCCAUGAUGCCUCUGCUUGGCCAGGAGAUUAGCUCCCACAUCAGCCGCUGUGUAGUGUGUGAGACAGUUUCGCCCGCAACAGCUUUUCACAGCCAGGAUCACACAGUUCCCGCAUGCCCACCUGGCUGGAGGAGUCUGUGGACCGGAUACUCUUUCCUCAUGCACACUGGGGCCGGUGACGAAGGUGGUGGCCAGUCUCUGACCUCUUCUGGUAGCUGCCUUAAGGAUUUCAGAACUCAUCCCCUCAUAGAGUGCCAGGGUAGGCAUGGCUCCUGUCACUAUUUUGCCAACCUCUACAGUUUUUGGCUGACUACUGUGAGUCAGACAGAGCAGUUUAUCACCCCGCGGCCCAGCACCAUCAAAGCAGCUGACCAACAGCGACGCAGGGCCAGUCAGUGUCAUGUCUGCUACAGAGAGCAAUAAAGGUCCUCUCGUCACUUUUAGUUGUAGCUUUAAGCCAUUCCAUUUUCAAAACCUGAUUCUGAUUACCACUCAGGGCCAUAUUUAGAUUAUAUUUGGUGAAAAAAAAUGUGGUUUUACAAUUUAUACACUGUUACCUUUAUCUGAAAAGCUUUUUUUUAUGCAAUACUGCUUUCACUGUAUCUUUUCUGUCAUUACUUUAAUGAGGUGCUAUUUCUAAUGAUAAAAAAUGUUUUAAUAAUUGGUCAAUCAUCUGACUGCUGUACCUUAAGAUUACGUGUUCACCCACUUUUUCAUAUCAGUGUUGAAAUCCUAACUAAAUCAUCCUUUAGGAGAGAUAUUCAAAAUACCUUUCCUUCUUUAUCUACAUUUUGCGCCUCAGUUAAAAUGUUUAAAAAAAGUUUUAACAUUCAUUCAUUCAGAGUUCAAUGGCUAUGACAGCUGAAAAAAAAUAGAGAAAAUAAAAAAUUUCAACAGGAUACGGUUUUUCCAUAGAAGGUUUCAAGUUCAUAUUUAUUUAUUUCUCUUAACAGAACCCAAGUGACAAUCAGAAUACAGUACUUUUUUCCUCAAACAUGUUUUUUCCUUUUCUUUUUUAUUACGCAAAACAAGAGAACACUCAGUGCAAUAGGACAGAGGACUCUGACAGUGCGGUGCUCUCUACCUUUUCACAGUGCACGUUUAUACACACAAAAAGAUUGUACAUCGUCAUUAUUACAUUUCCAACCUCGACCCACCAACAUCAUGGAUAGGGCAAAGUGAAUGUCUUAAAACAAUCAUUUUUAAAGAUUCAGCUUGCAUACAGUGUAGCUUGGCACACACACACAAACAUGCACAGCUCUCUCCCUCAAACACACACACACACACACACACACACACACACAACACACACACACACACACACACACACAGGUACAACAUGGAGGGACCUCUGUAGCAUUGAUUCUCACCAGAGAGGGGGUACUGCACUUGCACUCUGAGGGCUAGCUCAUUUUACUAUUUUGGCAUUGUUGACAUUGCAUUUUAAUGUGCAAAGAGAACCAAUUCAGAUGAUGUAAGCAGGAGGCUGAGGUAGAGGGAGAGAGCUGGGGGAGAAGGAGAUGUAUGUAACCAGCCUGAUUAAAUGUGAUGGAAAAUGA